UAGGCUUGCUAUCUAGGCUUUUUCGACGGAGCACACGACGAAAAGCCGCACCAUUAAUGGGCACUUUUAGUGCUCAAUAUCCUCCCACUGAAUGGUUUAAUCCGCGCGUUGUGCAUUUGCAUAGCGUUGCUACACAGACAAAAGCUGCUAGUCCCUCGAUAAUAGAGGGUCUAGACCAAUCGCAAACUAGUUUCCAAGUAUGGGACGACUUGAGCUCAAUGCGAUCAGCUACUUUACCAAGAAGACAUCGACGUCAAGCCAGCGGUGAUUCUUCGAGUUUGUUGGCCAAUUCGACACCAAGAAGCUCCCGAAGGCAUCGAUCACCAUGUUCUACUCUGCCGAGAUCUAAAUGUUCAAGCUUAAGUAGAUGCACAUCUAGAGCGUCUGUUAUAUCACCUAGUAUUACCAAUCAAGAAACUUAUCAAACGUGUAACCGAGUGCAGAAUGACAAGAACUCGACGAAUUCUUCACCCAGCAGAAGCGGUGGCAGUACUGGAUCAAUUAGAAUGAUAAAUACGAGUCCGGCCAAAGUAACAACGUUGGGAAGGCCUAACACUAGACAGUCCAAUUCCAGAAGGCCUAGUCAUGACUUGAGCAAUAAUGGCACUAAGUCAGCCAACAGUUCUCCUCACCAUAAGGUAGAUUAA